AUGGGGAACUGUUUUAGUAGCACAGGAGAAAAGGAUUCUAAAAGUAAGAAUGAAAGAACGAAUCCACAUGAAGAAGACCCAAGACCAUUCCACACCCCAGUGCCUACACCGCCCCCGGAUCCAAUAAGAUCUACCGUAAAUCAAGGGCCUGAUACGAGUGAAAUCCCUCCCACUCGUAUAUUCGUGGCCCUGUAUGAUUAUGACGCUAGAACCGAUGAAGAUCUAAGCUUUAGAAAGGGAGAACACCUGGAAAUACUCAACGAUACUCAAGGUGAUUGGUGGUUAGCUAGAAGCAAGAAAACCAAACAAGAAGGCUACAUUCCCUCAAACUAUGUCGCCCGCCUGCAGUCGAUAGAGGCCGAACCG